ACCUUCGAUUCGUUUUUUUUUUUUUUCAAGUUAAAAACCGCGCUUGACUUCCUGGUGUACGGCCAAGGUUUGUUGUUCUAACUUGUAUCUUCCAGUGAGACUAGAACGGCCGAUGGAAACAUUUUACACAACCCAGUCGGACAACUUGAGCCGUUUUACUGACAUCAUAUUGGGAAGUACUACUUAGUACUACUACUUCCCAUUUUGCUCGCCGCAGUGUGUGAAAAUGUGUCAGAGGGACGAAAUAGGACACAGAAAAGAAACAUGUGAGAAGACGCCAUUGGAAAUUGAAAAAGCAGCAUCCAUUGUGCGGAUGCGAUGUCCUUGAUAAGACGUGCGAGCAUGGAACUGGUCUCGGUGCAACAUGGGUUUGAGUAUGAAACCCACGACGGUCGCCUUGUGUCCAUCAAGCCCAAUGAAACAUACUUCCUCGUGUCCAGGACCAACGAGCACUGGUGGCACGUACGUACAAAGCACGACGCCGCCGCCAGGCCUUUCUACAUCCCGGCUCAGUAUGUAAAGGUGCUGCCGUCACGCGGGGGCCGGGAAGCUCUCGGAGAUUCCUACCAGUUUUCCAGUUUUGGUCUAGGUGGGGACAAAGGAGAUACAACACCUGUGGAAAACACAGGAAGUAGUCGUGUACAAAUCCCACGUGGCGGUGGAGAUGCACAAGAGUCCGCAGUGUCUCCAUCGCAUGGAAAAGUGAAGUGGACCCGUGGAGAUGAUGACAGCCUCCAGCCGUCCCAGAGUUCACCUGCUUGUGACGUCACAGCGGAGGAAAAGAGGCCUGACGUGUUGUGCGAGGUGCCGCAACGCAACAUAGAACACAAGCUUCACUUUUCUUUCCAUUCUUUCGACCUUCCAUCCAUCCAUCCGUGGCGUCUACAUGGGCGGCCUCCUGCGUGGGAGUUUAUAAACAUGGUGGACACGUAUGCCGGCGUGUGGGAAGGGCAGCGGGCCAAGCGGGGUCUGACCCUGCGUCUGGCGUCUCUUCAGGUGGAGGAUGAAAGAGUGCCAGUGCCCAUCUACGUCAACCUAGCUCAGCUUCGCCAGAACCCCCCCGGGUCGCCACCCUGCCCCGACCCCGACCCCGACGGAUGGGAAGUGCACGUUGACCCAGCGAGCGGACAGGAGUACUACUACCACCCUGCCACGGGGCGCACCACCUGGGACAACCCCCUUACAGAGUCGCCCGACGAUCCCGACCCUGACCCCGACCCGGUGGAGGAGUCUCCUUCCCCCACGACCUCUCGCACCCCCUCCCGCUUCCUGUCCACCGCCUCCCGCCCGGCGUGGACCUCGGACUGGGAGCAGCUGGUGGAUGAGAGCAGCGGGCUCCCCUACUUCUACAACGCCAUGUCUGGGGAAACGUCCUGGGAGCCCCCAGAGCUCCUGAGCCCGUACCCCCCGCUGAUGGAGCCCAUGAGCGUGCACAGGUUUCACCAAGACGGGCUGCCGCCGCUGCCCGAGGAGGACUACCCCUCAGAAGACUACCCAGGGUACCAUCAACCCGAUCUGGACGAGGAGCCCCCGGCCACGGGACCCCCCGUGUCCCCCAGGGAAUACGAGCUGAGCCACGUGAGCCGCACCGUCAUCCCCAGGGCCAGCCUGGACCGCAGCGCCCCCGCCGGCUGGAACCUCAACGUGGAACACGACGGCACCUGGGUGUUCACCAGCGAGCGCUCGUCAGAACAGUGGGUCAAGUCUGUGGACGACCUGGGCCAGACCUACUACUACUUGAGAGAUGGGUCCAAGUCCCAGUGGAACCUGCCUGAGGUGGGCCCCGCCAUGUCGGCCCAAUCCCAGGAGGAAAGCGCUGAGGAUGGAGACGGCGUGUUCGUCUUCAAGAACUGGAGACACAGCGUGGGACCGGCCCAGACCAGCCAGUUCCAGGAAGACGGGAGGACGGUCCCGGCCCACCGAAGGACCCCGUCGGAGUACAGCAGCGACAGCUCCAGCACGGGCCACUCUCCCGAGGGACAGCCCAAUCCUGACUUUUCCCUUCAUGAUGUCUCCCAAUCCUGGGAGAUACUGCAGUUGCAAAAGCCUGACUUUCCCCUUCAUGAUGUCUCCCAAUCCUGGGAGAUACUGCAGUUGCAAAAGGUGCAGAACUUGGAGAAAGCCGGAAUCCUGAACAAAACAAAAGUGUCUGAAAACGGCAAAAAAGUCAGGAAGAACUGGGCCCAGACGUGGACGGUCCUGCACGGAGGAGUGCUGACGUUCCACAAAGAUCCAAAAUCCACAGCGCCGGGAACGUCGACCAAGACCAAUCAGAUCGUCCCCGAGGUCACGGUGGACCUGCGAGGAGCCGUGAUCGGCUGGGCCUCCAAAGAAAAGUCCAGCAAGAAGAACGUUUUAGAACUAAAAAGCAAGAACGGGGUUGAGUUCCUGAUCCAGUACGACACCGAGAGCAUCAUCAGCGACUGGCACAAAGUAUUAAUGGACACCAUACGCCAGCUCGAGUACCAGGACCCCCAUUCCGAGGAGGACGACAGCGACGUGUACGAGAAGGCGGGCAGCGUGGAGCGUGAGGAGAAGCUGGGCGGGAGCAUCGACAGGCGAAGAUCCUCCAGACCGAGCGUCUACAGCACGACGGGCGGAGAAACGGACCCGAGGAAGGUUCGCACCAAGCUGAUGAAGUUCCUGAUGAAGCGGCCGACGCUUCAGUCCGUCAAGGAGAAAGGAUACAUUCGAGACAGCGUGUUCGGCUGCCAUCUGGACGCCCUGUGUGCACAGGAGAGAACCACUGUUCCCAGUUUUGUGGAAAAGUGCAUCAAAGCCGUGGAAAGACGAGGUUUGGACAUCGAUGGACUGUACAGGGUCAGCGGGAACCUCGCCGUCAUCCAGAAACUUCGCUGCAAGGCAGAUCAAGAGGAGCUUGACCUGGAGGAUGGGCAGUGGGAGGACGUUCACGUCCUCACGGGAGCGCUGAAGCUGUUUUUCCGCGAACUUCCGGAGCCGCUUUUCCCCUACAGCCACUUUCAUCACUUCAUCACAGCCAUCAGACUUCCUGAUUACAACACAAAGGUGUGUUGUAUUUCGGAGUUGGUCAAAUCUCUGCCGGCAUCAAACCACGACACCAUGAAGCUCCUCUUUGGGCAUUUACGCAGGGUCAUCCAGUACGGAGAAGACAAUCGCAUGACGGUGCAGAACGUGGCCAUCGUCUUCGGACCCACGCUCCUGCGGCCCGAGAUGGAGUCCGGCAACAUCGCCAUGCACACGGUCUUCCAAAACCAGAUCGUGGAAUUCAUCCUGAACGAAUACGAGCGUAUCUUUCUCUCCAGCUAAAGAACGUCCAGAAUGGAGAACACCCGUGGUGUCUUUUGUCCAUAUUUCACCUGUAGGACUGUUCCAUGUUUUUGUGUUGCAGGAGUGGACUCUGUUUGACACGAGAUGUCUCCAUCUCACACCAUCUCACAGCUCUUAUUGUCUUGACAGCCUCGCCUCACCAGCCAAGUUGCAUCAACGUUCCUUUUAAAACCACCGUUAUUUUACAAGCUUUCAUAGCAUUUAAAAUGACAGCAAAGAUUGGAUUCUAAUGUUUACCUGUUUGCGCCAUUGACUUUAUUGUAAUAUAGACAUGUACAGUGUAGCGGAACUAUUAAUAACCGCAGCCAGCUGUGAGCUAAUAUAGAAUAUUUAAAUACAAAAAAAAUCUAUGCUGUAUUUUUAAAAACAGUACAAUAUAGAAUUGGUAGUUCAGUGAAAAAUCAGCCUGACCAACAAGAGAGAGAUGAUUACUAAAGGAAAUGUCAUGUAAAUAGAAACACAGCCUGCAAUAUGCUGCAAGUUGUCAAAAAUGUUCUUCCAUAAUAAAAAUAACUUUGUAAA